AUGAUCCCGGUCCACGAUCAAUAUCUGCGCACCAUCAGCUUGGUGACGCAGAUCCUGUGCUGCAGCAUCACCACCCUCUGCCUGGCCCUGCGCCUGCUGGUUGCUUCCCGGAUCAAGCGAGAUUUGAAUAUUGAGGACGCAUUUUGCACUCUAUCCUGGGUCCUGUUCUUCACCUAUUGCAUCUGCAACAUCUUCUACCUCCAUUAUGGCGGCGGCAAACCCCUUGCCCUGCUGACCCCCUACCAGAUCCGACUCGUCUACAAGUUUUACUAUGUUCUGACCGUAAUCUACGCCCCGAUGGUCCUCACCGUCAAGAUAACCCUGCUCUCCAUCCUAGCGCGCAUCUUCACCAUCCGCCACGUGCACGUCAUCAGCGUGUACUCGGUGCUGGUGGUGACGGUGAUCUACUACACGAUCAUCUUCUUCAUCAAGGUCUUCAUCUGCCUGCCGGUCUCGUACUUCUGGACCCACUACGACGAGGAAGCGCAGUGCCUAAAUAAAAUGGCCGUGAUCCUCGCCGACGCGGUGAUGAGCAUCGCCACGGAUCUGGCCAUCAUGCUGCUCCCGGCCUUCCUGACCAUCACGCUGCACCUCUCGCACGUCAAGAAGCUCAAGGUCUCGCUGAUGAUGGGCUGCGGCGGGUUGGCGAUCGGGUUCAGCAUCUACCGCCUCGUGCUGGUCAUCCACGAGGAGGAUAACCUGGAGUCAACCAUCGUAUACUUGAAGAUCUUACUGUCGGGUAAUGCGGAAGGCGGAUUCGCCCUCAUCUGCUCGUGUAUCCCCGCGAUCCAUAUUCUGAUCACUCGACGCGGAGGCCGCGACACGCAGCGCUCCAGUACAUCCUCCCACCAGCUCUUCCGGCACUCGUUCCCCCCCUCGUUCCCCUUCCAUCGGAGUCCCGCCAGCCCCCCGUUCGCCGAGUCCCAGCAGGCCGGCGUGACAUCCACCGCGCAGCGCGCAUCGCUGGUCGUCCCCGAGCUGAACGAUCUAGAAACCAGCGAGGAGGGCGCGUCGGACGCGAACCAGAUCGUGCGGAAGGUCCUGCUCUCGCGCCGGUCGGAGAGAGUGCAAGUGCCGGUGCUGCGGGACUGCUCGCAGGGGUCCUCGGAGGCGCAGCUCGGCAACCAAUUCGGAGCAGUUUGA